AUGACGAGGAUCCGAAGACUCGCCAAAAAACCCGUCUACCUGUAUGUGCAUGACAAGACCGGCUGCAGCCUUCUCCUCCUCAAGGAACCCGAGUUCGUCAUAAGUCUCGUCCGCACCCCUUUUCUUCCCCCCCGAUAUGCAACAUUCUACGUCCCCCUCGAAUUCAACAAACUCGAUAUGCGCGAGUACAUGAAACAACUAUACAACGUCGACAUAAUAAGCAUACGAAGCUACGUGGAGCAACAGAAACCGACACGAGAGUUUCGAGAUGGGAGACAAGGUCAUGGACCAUUGCGACGACCCAAAUCGAAAAAGAGGAUGACUAUUGAGAUGAAAGAGCCGUUUGUGUGGCCUGAGGUGCCGGAGGAUAGAUCUGCCUGGCAACCAGACCAAUUCUUCCGCCAUCGCCAAUACAGCCAAAACUUUCAAGAGGCCUCACAACCCUCCGCGAUGGCGAAACCCGUCGCAAACGAAGCCGACUCAUACAAAGACCAGGCUAAAGAGCUCUUGGAAGGAAAAACAACCUGGAAACCGACGUGGCAGGCCUUGGGGUUGUCAUAUAACCGGCCGGCAUUGGCCAAGUUGAAUGGCGGAGCGCCGAAGGAGGUAUCAAAAGAGAAGAAAGAAGGGACCAAGGAGAACCAGAGAGACGAGGGCAUGGUAUUGAUAGAUGAUGUUGCUUCUCCUUCUGUGGUGGAUAACACGUCGUCAGAGCAACCUAAAAAUCCUUAG